AUGUUUGACCUAAAAACCUUGAUCAGACCCAAUAUCUUGAAGUUAGAGCCAUACAGAUGUGCCAGAGACGAUUUCAAAGAAGGGAUAUUACUAGAUGCCAACGAAAACACCAUUGGACCAGCAGUAGCAGAUUUGAGUCCUGAAGAAGAUGAAUUACUGUUGAACAGAUAUCCAGAUCCUCAUCAAGUUGAAUUGAAGCAACAAAUUGUUGAUUUCCGGAACUCUGAAGCGCUUUCUGAAUUGAAGAAUUUUGAAACUGAUAAGCUUACUCCAGAUAAUUUAUGCCUAGGUGUCGGAUCUGACGAAAGCAUUGAUUUACUAUUGAGAUGUGUAUGUGUUCCUGGUAAGGACAAAGUAUUGUUGUGUCCACCAACAUACGGAAUGUACUCUAUUUGUGCUACUGUGAAUGAAGUUGAAAUAGUUAAGGUACCAUUGACUACCCCAGAUUUUCAAGUUGACAACACUAAAGUCUUGGAAGCUGUUACUGCCGAUCCGAAUAUCAAGGUCUUGUAUAUUACUUCCCCUGGUAACCCAACAGGUAAGCUAGUUGCCAUUGAAACCAUACUUGAUUUAGUUGAGAAGUGUAAAGCUAAUUGGAAUGGGGUAAUUGUUGUUGAUGAAGCAUACAUUGAUUUCGCUGCACUUGAUCAAAAUGGUAAGAGCAAGUCAUUAUCUGUUUUAGUCAAUCAAUAUCCUAAUUUGGUUGUAUUGCAAACUUUAUCCAAGUCCUUUGGUUUAGCUGGUAUUAGAUUAGGGGUCACGUAUGCAAACACAACUUUGAUAAGAUAUUUAAAUGCAAUGAGAUACCCUUACAAUAUCUCUUCUUUGACUGCCAACGUUGCUAUAAGAGCAUCCAAUAAAGAAGGGUUGUCUACAAUGAAGGAAUAUUGUAGCCGCAUUAUUGAACAACGUGCAAGUGUCUUGGAAAAGCUCCAGGCUUUUAAAGGUGUGGGGAAGAACCUUGGAGGGUUGGAUGCCAACUUCAUUUUGGUAGAAUUCUUAGACAAGGAAGGUAAACCCUCUAAUGAUGUGGCUAAGAAAGUGUAUCAAAUAUUAGCUGUUGAUAAUGGAGUUGUGGUCAGGUUUAGAGGUAGUGAAUUGAAUUGUACCGGUGGAUUGCGUAUUUCAAUCGGUACACCAGAAGAGAACAAAACAUUACUUGAAAAAUUAGACAAGGUUUUACAACAGGUUAACGGAUUCAACUAA